GUGAUGGACGCUAUGCCGAAGGAAAUCAGACUGCGCUGCCAGUUUUUGUGGGAGAGCGCCAUGCAAUGCGCCGACGCCUCCCCACCGCAACCGCGCACGGCACAAAAACUGCUCCACUCGCUACGACAGCUGACGGCCGCGCACGACUGUAAGGUUCCCGACAGCCUGACAAAAACUCUAUGCCCGAAAUGCUGGGCGCCGCGCAUCCCGGGCGUCUCGUGCCGCACACGUACAGCCAAGCGGACGCGGCGGUCGCCGGCGUCGAUGCGCUACGUGCCCGGGAAGACCGGGAAGGGCGGCCACGCGCUCAAGAGCCAGCUCGUGACGACGUGCCUCCUCUGCGGCGAAAUCUCGCGCGCGCCCGGCGCGCCGCGGCCGCCGGCACGCCCACCAAAAAAGCGCGACAUGCGCGCGGCGGCCGACGACUUCGUGGCCGUGGGGGCGCCGCUGCUCCCCGCGCGCGCGCCGAAGCGGCCGGCGCCGCCCGCGCCGGCGCAGCCGCGGAAGCUGCUCGACGCGAAGCCGCGCAAACGGAAGAAGACGGAUAAGAAACCGAAGUGA